GCGUGCAUGGACGUCGGCGACACGAUCGGCGUCGGCAGCUUCUCCCGCGUGAAGAUCGCCGUCGUGCGGCCGAGCGCCGACAGCGACGAGGGCGCCCGGGUCUGCGCCAUCAAGGUCUGCCACAAGGCGCGCAUCCUCGAGGCCGACGAGGUCGUGUCCAUUUUACGGGAAAAGGACGCGCUGACCGUCGUCAAGCACCCGUUCGUCAUGGAGCUCUUCGGCACGCACCAGGACGCGGACCGCUGCUACUUCGUCUGCGAGUACAUCCCCGGCGGCGAGCUCUUCACCUACAUCCACAACGUCUGCAGCGGGUCCAUGGCCGACGUCGACGCGCAGUUCUACGCGGCGUGCGUCGCGGACGCCUUCGAGCACGCGCACGGCCUCGGGGUCAUCAACCGCGACGCCAAGCCCGAGAAUAUUGUGAUUGAUGCCUAUGGGUAUCCGAAGUUGUGCGACUGGGGCUUCGCGAAGACGGACGUGAAGCGCGGCGACGCGUGCCUGACGAUCUGCGGCACGCUGGAGUACCUGUCGCGCGAGGUCCUGCUGAACCUGGGCUACGCCUUCGACGUGGACCUCUGGACGCUGGGCGUGCUCAUCUUCGAGAUGAUCGCCGGGCGCACGCCCUUCUACGACCCGCUCAUGGCCGACAAUUUGCAGCAGCAGUCGAUCUACGACAACAUCCUCCACGGGGACGUCGUGCUCCCGAACUGGGACGUGCCCGACGUCGUGCUCAAGCUCCUCGACGUCGACGUCCACCGCCGCCUGGGGGCCGACGGCGGCGCCGCGCAAGUGAAGCGCGACGCGUUCUUCGACGACGUCAACUUCGACGCGCUCCGCCGCCGCGAGCUCAUCGCGCCCUGGACGCCCAUGCUCCAGUCCGAGACGGACAUCACCCACUUCCAGGACCAGGGCGUCGACCUCGACGAGGACGACGCCGACGCCGACCUCCUCUUCCACGGCGACGACGCGCUCUUCGCCGACUUCUAGGCGCGCGGCGUCGCGCGCCCCCUCGAGGGGGGGGCGGAGCGCCCCCGCGCGCGGGCCGAGCGGCUCCGCCCGAGCAGACGCGUAAGCACCGCGUCGACUUC